AUGGCAAAUCCAGUACCGAAUCCGGUUGCUGCACCACUGACGAUGCAACAAUUCAUUGAUCUGGGAAAAUUACCAGAUUUCAUUCGAGAUUUACAAAAUUAUGAUGGCAAGCCAACAGAACUAUUAGCAUGGCUAACGGAUGUUGAGGGCAUUUUCUGUAUGUACAGAGAUGCACGAGCCACGGAAGCGCAACUUGAAUUAAUCGAGCGCUCCGUGAGACGAAAAAUCAGAGGCGAAGCAGCCGAUAUCCUUAAUUCAAAUAACAUUGUGCAUAAUUGGCAACAAAUAAAAUCUACGCUGCUUCUGUAUUACAGGGACAAACGUGAUAUAAAAACGUUGGACUUCGAAUUAACCACAAUAAAAAAGAACUCAAACGAAACUUUAGGCAGUUACUACUCCCGGGUGAACGAACUACUUUCAUCCAUAGUAGCUCAAAUCCAAACAGAAGAAAAAUUGGCCCCACACGUUAAUUCACAUAUCGAUUACUUUAGAGAAAAGGCAGUAGAUGCAUUCAUUCGAGGCUUAGAAAAACCUUUGUGUCAGCUACUAAAAACAUUUAAUCCAAAAACGUUAAAUCAGGCAUAUCAGUUUUGCCUAGACUACUACAAUAUGGAUACUAGAUCGGCACCUUUCCGAAAUGAACAUUUCACCCCAGCUCCCAAACCAAGAGAUUUGGAAAUUAAUAGACUUCCUCCCAGACCACCUCCACGGAGAUAUCCACCUCCACCAAUUCCAGCCCCUAGAAACUUAGGCUUUCCACAGAUGCCACUAUUUGGCAGGCAAUAUUUCCAAGCCAAUCCCUUCACCCAGACCAGGCCUCAGUACCAACCCAAUCCGUUUCAAGCACCCCCACGACCAUGGGCUGCAAAACCAUUACCAAAACCCGAGCCAAUGGAUAUCGAUCAAAACGAGGUAAAGAAACAAAUUAACAAACUCCUGGAAGAUGGUAUUGUUCGACCAUCUCGUUCAGCGUGGACGGCACCAGUAUGGGUUGUACCGAAGAAACCCGACGCUUCAGGAGAAAAAAAGUUCCGAAUGGUGAUCGACUAUCGGAAGGUGAACGAAAAGACAAUUCCCGAUAAAUAUCCAAUGCCAGAGAUAGGGUAUGUUUUAGAUCAGCUCAAGGGUCAAAAAUAUUUUACCACUCUUGAUUUAGCGUCUGGGUUCCACCAGAUUAAAAUGAAGGAGAAAGAUAUUGAGAAAACUGCUUUCGCCAUUAACAACGGGAAGUACGAAUUUACUAGAAUGCCAUUUGGCUUGAAGAACGCUCCUGCGAUCUUCCAACGGGCAAUUGACGACGUACUUAGAGAUCACAUAGGGAAAAUAUGCUAUGUGUAUAUCGAUGACGUUGUCGUGUUUGGAAAGACCCUAGAUGAACAUUUGGAAAAUCUUAAAAUUGUUCUAGAAACACUAAGAAAAUAUAAAACACGACUUCUACUUCUACGUUUCAGAUUGCUACUGCUAUUAUUCAUUCAACCAGACCAACUACUAUCAAGACACGAUGUGACAGCCGACUUACGGGACGUAGGACGCCAGCCAGUCCUGAUCUUCGAUCAAGGCGAGGCACGGAUCAAACUUGACCACACGUAUUACAUUCACUACUUCAAUUUAACGACCAUUAGAAUGCAAGUAAAAAGCCUUAGGGAUCAGUUCGAAAACUUUAGCCAAAAUCAAUUUUCUGACCUAGUAGAAGAAAAAUUCAACGAAAUAGAUUUCGCAUUAAAAAGCAUAGACCCAAUCAGACGGCAUAAACGUUGGGAUAGUGUAGGUACAGUUUGGAAAUUUAUAGCCGGCAGUCCAGAUGCCAAUGAUUUGAGAAUCAUCAAUUCUACCAUAAAUAAUUUAGUUACGAACAAUAAUGAGCAGAUCAGAAUUAACCGUGAGAUAAACCUACAAUUGAAAGAAGCAAUGUUCGAAACCAAAAAGGCGAUUAAUUUGUUCAACACAAGAUCAAUCGAAAUGUAUUCUACUAAGAUAUUGUUUCAUCUGAAUUACUUAUCCAAGAAAUUGAACCAAAUAACUGAUGCAAUCAUGUUGGCUAAACUAGGAAUAGUAAACGAAAAAAUUCUAAGCCAGCGUGAAAUAGAUAUCUUAAUUAAUGAUUUAGCUAGGGAAAAUAUAACAGUUCAUACUGCUUUGGAGGCAACGAAUUAUGCGACGACAUCAGUGGCAACUAACAAUCUGGAAAUUGCUCUCAUGAUAAAAAUGCCAAAACUCGACCCCAGAAUAUUCAACAAAGUACGACUAUACCCGAUCAUUCACAAAAAUAAGCAAAUUCAUAUAGAUCAUCGAUUUUAUCUAACUCACAAAGAUGAGGUUUACUCCAUAAACUCAAUCGAACCUACUAUAUUCAAUGCAAACGAAAUCAACUUGGACAAUUCAACAUGCAUACCGAAGCUAUUGAAAGGAGAACAGGCAACUUGUAAUUUCACCGUCAACCCAGUCGAAGAAGAAGUUAUCUUUCUAGACAACCAACACUUGUUCAUAAACACAAUAAAAAAUUUCACCCUAUCAUCAAAUUGUGGCAUAACAAACAGAAACCUGACCGGACCAUUCGUAGUUUUCUUCAGAAAUUGCCAGUUAUACAUCAAUAACGCUUCAUAUAACUCAAGAAUGAAAACCUUACCGGGAAACCCAAUACAACUACCCCUAGACGGAAUCGCGGUAAAAAUGCACCAAGAGAUCCUAAACAUCAGCCUGGACCAUCUACAUAAACUCCAUCUGGAAACGAGGAAGGAGUUAGACGUUAUCCGACUAUCAACCAAUAGUAUAAAGUGGCCAACACUGUCUCUUUUUGGGGGAAUUAUGUCCCUACCUAGCUUAAUCGGUAUAGCAUUUCUCCUUAGAUUUCUCAUCCAUAGAUCAUCUACAAUAAACAUACAACAGGCAGCCCCGACCACAACAGUCGAAGAUCCAGUACCAGACAUCCAACCCAACAUUAGACAUUUGACAAUCAGAGAAGUGAUUCGUACGGAACCUCAUCUCUUAGGAAGGACGAGUUAGCAACGGAACUACCCGAACGAGGGCAGCGAGAAUCGCUGACGACACGUUAGCAUCGGCGCCGACCCGACGGGACAGACAGGAGCGCCGACGGAGCAUUUUGUACCUGAGGGCAUCGAUCCGUGGGAGCGGAGGAGCGUCACGUUGACUAGAAAGUGCAAUUCGGCAGUAUGAACUGUAGACAUAAUCGAAUGAAAGAAUAAAGUUUAGUUUAAUUCUAGGCAGUGAACCAAGUGGUUGUUCUUUUUUAAAAAGAGGUUUAGGU